GAUAAUAAUGGAUUAAAUGUGAAUUUGGCUGUAACUCAUUCAGGUAUUUGUGUUUAUCAAGCCGGUAUACGAACAAAUCUAUUUUCAUGGGCAAGAAUAAGGAAAUUAAGUUUUAAACGUAAACAUUUUUUUAUUAAAAUACAUCCGGAAGGUUAU